GCUGCCCUCCUCUGGCUCCCGGGCUUUCUGGCUAAGGAAAAUGCAUGCCAUCCCCCACCAGAGGGGAAUCCAGAAGGCUCACCCCCAGACAUGAAUGUCAGCAGCCAAGAGAUGCCCCGGCCUCCUGGUGAGCUGGACAGCCCUGGAGCCUGGUGGGCCGAUCCACGUCCUCCGCCUCACGUGUCUGAGCUGCCUGGGCUCCAGCGAAGGCAAGCAGGUGGAGGUGCUCACCAAUGCAUCUAGCUUCAAGUUCCAGGACCUGGUGCCUGGGGGUCGCUACCAACUAGACGUGACGGCGCUGCACCCCUGUGGGCACAAUGUCACUGUAACCCUCACUACCCGCACCGUGUCCUGGGUACUAACCUUGGUGUUUCUCUCCCUGCUGCAGCCCCGUUGUCUGUCCAGCUUGGGGAGCCCCUUCCAUCUGCAGGCCUCCUGGACAAGCCCCCGGUGAGCAGGAUGGUCACACCUUCUCCUCUAUCACCUGGAGUCCCAUACCUUAACCCACAAUGUCUCCAUGGCCCCUGAUGCCCUGUCCUACAGCUUUGGUGACCUCCUCCCGGGUAGCGAGUACCUUUUGGAGGUGACCACCUGGGCUGGCACCCUCCAAGCAAAAACCAGCAUCCACGAGUGGACAGUCCCCGUGCCUCCAGAUCACCUAGAGCUUCAUGCCCUGGGCUUGGGUGCCCUGCAGGCUUCCUGGAAUGACUCCCAGGGUGCCGCCCAGCUGCACCUGCUGCUCACAGACCUGCUGGCUGGUAUCAACAUGACUGCUGUGGUUCGACGGGGCAUCUCCAGUCACACCUUCCUCCACCUCUCUCCAGGCACCUGCUAUGAGCUGAUGCUUGGUGCUGUUGCUGGGCUCCACCGGGUGGUAGGACCCAAUGUCACUGAGUGGACCUAUCCCUCUGCUCCCCUGGACCUGAUGCUGACCCCAGAGCCACCCAAGCUCCGAGCGAGCUGGAAAGCGGGGCCGGGUGCGCAUGAUGGCUUCCUGCUGCAAUUGAGUGGGCCGGUGGAAAAGACCAUUGCUCUGGGCCCCGAUACCCUCAGUGCUUCAUUCCGAGGGCCCUUGCCCAGUGGCCACUAUGCCCUGGAGCUGAAGGCUCUUGCUGGGCCGCAUGAUGCCUGGGUCCAGGCCAGCGCCUGGUUGGAUGGGCCCACUGCCCAGCCCAGGCAGAGUCAUGGGGCCACCCUGCAACUGCACAGGUUGGAGGCUACCUGGCAGCCUGGUAGACGAGCACUGCUCUAUGCAGAAGGUGAUACAGGCCUCCUUGGAAACAUCUCUGUGUCAUCUGGUGCCACUUUUGUUACCUUCUGUGGGCUGGUACCUGGUGCCCGCUACCGUGUGACCAUCACUUCCCCCCUGGGUGUUGUCAUUCAGAGCCUCACAGGCCACAUAGCUCCCCUGGCACCAUUGUCCCUGGAAGCCACCAGCAAGGGCAGUCCCUCCAACCUGAUGGUUGGCUGGGUCCCCACACCAGGGCAACGGGAAGGCUACAGCGUCAGCUGGCACCAGGAUGGCAACCAGGGCCUCCUAGGUGGUCUGGUCCACUUGGGCCCAGACAACUCCAGCCUUACUCUGCGGGGUCUGUUGCCCGGAUCCUGCUACAUCCUGUCUGUCUGGGCCUCGACCGGGAAUCUUAGCUCAGCUGUCCAGAGCACGCGUAGCUGCAACGUGAGUUCCUGGUGGCAGCCUCCGGGAGGGGUUGGGGUGGCUCAGCCUUCCCGGGCAGCCAUCAACCACACGUGGUACGACCACUACUAUGGAGGAUGUGACUCCUACCUGGCCCUCCUACUUCCUAACCCCUUCUACUCGGGGCCCUGGGCGAGCCCCAAAUCCUGGACUGUGCCCGUGGGGACAGAAGACUGUGGCCACACCCAGGACAUCUGCAAUGGGCCACUCAAGCCGGGAGUCCAGUACAGGUUCAGCGUCAUGGCCUUCACCAGGUCCAACACCCCAGAGACCAUGAUCUCCUUUUCAGCCUUCUCAGAGCCCUGGGUCAGUGUGUCCUCUACCUCCCUGUCCCUGCCGGUGGCGCUGGGCACAGCGGGCUGCUGCCUUCUCACUGUGUGUGCCGUGCUGGGUCUCCUGUGCUGGAGGAGGAGGAAGGGGCAGAGGGCGGACAAGUGUGGAUUUGCUCAGGAGUUGAUGCCUCACAGCACACGGCGAACCCACCGGCCCAUCCUCAUCCACAGCUUCCGACAGACCUAUGAGGCCAAGAGUGCUCAUGCUCACCACGCAUUCUUCCAGGAGUUUGAGGAACCGAAGGAGGUGGGCAAGGAGCAGCCCCGAGUGGAGGCCGAGCACCCUGCUAACACCACCAAGAACUGCUACCCACAUGUGUUGCCCUAUGACCAUUCCCGGGUUAGGCUGAGCCAGCUGCAGGGACAGCCCCACUCUGAUUACAUCAACGCCAACUUCAUUCUGGGUUACACCCAUCCCCAGGAGUUCAUUGCCACUCAGGGGCCUCUCAAGAGAACACUGGAGGACUUCUGGCGGCUGGUGUGGGAGCAGCAGGUGCACAUCAUUGUCAUGCUGACCGUGGGCAUGGAGAAUGGCAGGGUGUUGUGUGAACACUACUGGCUGGCGGACUCUACUCCCAUCACCCAUGGUCACCUCACCAUCCAUCCGCUGGCUGAAGAGCCUAAGGACGAAUGGACCCGGCGGGACUUACAGCUGCAGCAUGGUGCCCAGCACAAGCAGCGGAAGGUGAAGCAGCUCCAGUUCAUGACCUGGCCUGACCACGGCGUACCGGAGGCGCCUGGUGCCCUGCUCACCUUCGUGGAGCUUGUCCGGGAGCAGGCACGGGCCACCCAGGGUGCCGGGCCCAUCCUGGUGCACUGCAGUGCAGGCGUCGGCCGGACGGGCACCUUUGUGGCACUGUCAAGGCUGCUGCAGCAGCUGGAGGAGGAGCCAGUGGUGGACGUGUUCAAUGCUGUGUACGCACUGCGGCUGCAUCGGCCCCUCAUGAUCCAGACUCCGAGCCAGUACAUCUUCCUGCAUAGCUGUCUCUUGUGGAAAAUUCUGGAAGGAUCCUGUGACAUCUCUGAGUCUGGACCCAUACCAGUGACUAACUUCACACAGGUGUGUGCCAAGAAAGCAGCCAACGCCAAUGCCGACUUCUUGAGGGAGUACAAACUCCUGCUGCAGGCCAUCAAGGACGAGCCUGGUUCCUUGGCGCCCCCUCCUGGCUGUGAGAAGGAUGGCACUGGCUCCUAUGAUGGUUCUACUCCGGUGGAGGACAGCCCUGACGACAAUGUGCCUGAAGCCUGGUUCUUCCCGGGUGGACCUUCUGGCCGUGACCACGUGGUGCUGAUGGGCCCUGCGGGGCCAGAGGAGAUUUGGGAGCUGGUUUGGGAGCACAAGGCCUGUGUAUUGGUCUCCCUGUGCCAAACUGACCCCCAGGAGGAGCCACAGGGGCUGUGGCCAUCAGAGACACAGCCUGUCAUCACGGACAUGGUGACAGUGCACUGGGUGGCGGGGAGCGGCGUGGCAGGCUGGCCCUGCACCCUCUUCUACAAGGUCACCCAUGGGGAGAGCGGGAAGGAGCGGCAGGUACAGCAGCUGCAGUUUCUGAGCUGGGAGCCCAGGCAGGACCUGCUGAGCAGCCUGUUGCUCUUCCUGGCUGCUGUGGGCCAGUGCUGCUCCCAGCAUGACAGCGAGAAGCCUGGCACCCUGCUCAGCUACUCCAGCUGAGGCACCACACAGCUGGGCACCUUCCUGGCGGUGGAGCAGCUGCUGCAGCAGGCAGUGGCUGAGUGCACGGUGGAUGUCUUCAGCGUGGCUCUGCAGCAGUCCCAGGCCUGUGGCCUCAUGACCCCAACACUGGAGCAGUACAUUGACCUCUACAGCUGUCUGGACAACGCACUGGUGCAUGGGCUGCCUUGAGUGGGUGCUGCCAGGCUUGGGUGGUCAGUUCCAGCUGGGGACAGUCACGGAUUUUGGUCCUGGAGCAGAGUUAGGGAAUAAAGAUGUGUGGGCAAACUGA